AUGAAGAUCACCGAGUUGGAAGAGAGUCAUGCCGCCUACAAACAGCGGCUGCUCGAGCAACUCACCGUUGUCAAAGCGAAUUUCACUCAAGAGCGUGACGCUUUGAAACAAGAGAUAAACACACUGCAAAAUGAAAAGGCGAUACUGAUUGACACUCGCACGCACUUGGAGUCUGACAAAGCCAGGUUGGAAAGUGAUGUUGAUUCGCUCAAUGGCAAGUUGUUCCGGGAGAGAUCAGCCAACACCGAGGAGCAGAUCAGACUGAACGAUUGUAUCGAGACAUUGAAGGGCGAUGUUGUUGCACUGAAUGGCACGAUAGAGGAGCAAUCGAUGGUUAUCGAGGAGUUGACGAGUGCGCGUGACUCUACUGAGGCGGCACUGGAGCGUGUUACCAUGGCUGCAGAGCAGACCGAGCAGAGAUUGGUCAACCAGCUUCGACAGAUCGAGAGAGAAAAGACAGAGCAGCGCAAUCACUACGAACAUCUGAUACAUGACAUCAACCAGAAGAAACAAGAGCAGCGCAAUCACUAUGAAAGUCUACUGAGUGAAGUCAACCAAAAGGUUGAGGAACACAAACAAAAGGAAGAAAGACUACUCUCUAUCUCUGAGAAGUUAAAGGAAGAAGUGAAAGUAGAAGAAAUACCAGUUGCAUAUAUACCAACAGCAAUAACAACAACAACAGCUAUUUUAUCACCAGACAGCAGUAUUGGUGACAAUCAAUUCUCUAGUUUCGAAAGGGAGAAUCUGUUGUCCAAUAUUCAAAAGUUGAACGAACAACUAAAGGAUAGAGAUACAAUUAUAAAGACUAUAUUCCCAAGAAAGAUUGACAGUCUUGAGCAAACCAUUAAGAAGCUGGAUAGCAAGCUGGCCGAUGCCGAUCGCGAAGCCAAGAGUAACAAGCAGACUGCAGCAUUGAAAUCGUUGGAGAUCGAGGAGUUGAAACGUCAGAUAGAACAAAUCAAACAGACAACCAAGGAUCAAUACAACAGUGUGAAAUCGACACUCGAUCAAACGACAGCUCAGCUGAGAGAAGAGGAAUCCAAGUUGAAGAAGCUGUCGUUCGAACACUCAUCGACCAGCGCCGAGUUGGAGUCGGAGCGUCAUAAAUCCGAACAACUCACAAAACAACUCAAUGAUUUGCGUGCAGCCAAACUGGAGCAAGAACAAGCGUUCAGAACCAGAGAGACAGCGCUACUCGAGGAGAUAGAGGAUCUGAAACGACCGAAACCACCACCCUUGCCAACCUUUAAGAUCACACAGCCUGCAGUGUCUGGCAAGAAAGGCAAUCGUUUGGUUGACGACGAUAGCUUGUCGGGCGAAUCACUCUCAGAGAUGAAGAAUGUAUUGAAACCAGUUCCCAACACACCGCCACCUCCACGUGAGAAUGGAAUAGCUACCAUUGCAGAUCUUCUCUACGUAUCAAUGCAAAAACGUUUCAACUCUAUGAAUCAAGUUGAUUUCGUGGAGAAUUUAGAUGAUGAUAACGAUGAUUUCGAGGAUUAUUAA